UUUUGAGAGCUUCACUCGAAAGCUGCAUGAUUAGUAAUAGAGAAGUUCUUUACUUGGUACUUGAACUACGCUGUUAAUGUGUGCGAACGGACAUGACAUCAUAAACAGUGCAACAGUUUAGAGACCCAUUUGUAGGUGAUGAGUUGAAGGUUAAGUGUUGUGGAAUAUGUCUUGUCUCGGAGGCAAUGCCGAAUGGUUUUGCCACGUUCUUCUUUUGGAUGAGAGUGAGCACCCAGUCGAAAUUCAAAAAAAGACCAAAGGAGAAGAAGUCUUAGAAAAGGUCUUCCAGCACCUCAAUAUACUGGAGAAAGACUAUUUUGGACUGCGUUAUAUUGACCGGGACAGUCAGUCGAGAUGGUUGGAUCCUUUGAAACCAGUGGUAAAACAGUUAACAGCUGGUCCUCCUUAUUUGCUGUAUUUUUGUGUCAAGUUCUAUGCAGCUGAUCCUUGUAGACUCCACGAAGAACUGACCCGGUAUUUGUUCUUCCUGCAAGUGAAGAAAGACAUUUACCAGGGGAGGUUGCCUUGUUCAACAAACAUCCUUGCUGAAGUAUCCGCAUACAGUCUUCAGUCUGAACUCGGAGAAUAUGAACCCAAAGAACACACCACAGGCUACGUAUCUGAGUUUAGAUUUCUUCCUAAUCAGACUGAGGAGCUGGAGAGCAAGAUUUACCACAGACACAAGAAGCUUGGCAAUAUGGUUCCAUCUGUGGCAGAGUUUAUGUAUCUUGAUAAAAUAAAGUGGCUGGAAAUGUAUGGAGUUGACUUGCAUCCUGUGAAGGGGGAGGACUUUAUAGAAUAUUUUAUUGCGCUCAAACCUUCUGGAGUUGCUGUUUACAAGAACAAGACUCGUGUUGGAUCCUAUCUUUGGUCAAAAAUAGAAAAAGUUGAUUUUAAAGGAAAGAAGUUCUACUUAACAGUUAAAGGGAAAGAGGAGAGGGAGUAUACCUUUAAAUUUUAUCUUCCAACCAAGACAGCCUGCAAACAUCUUUGGAAAUGUUGUGUGGAGCAUCAUGCAUUUUUUAGGUUGGACAAAGCCAAUACCUCCCAUCGUCGCAAUAGUGGCUUGUUUAGGAUUGGUUCUUCAUACAGAUACAGUGGUAGGACACAGAAAGAAGCAUUGGAAGAUGGUAAAAAGAUUCAAAGGCCUGAUCUGCAAGUGAAACGAAAACCCAGCAAACGAUACGAAAGAAGGAUCAGUCAAUCAGGAGAAAAAUUUCAAACUAAUGUCUCAGUGGCUACGCCAACCAACGCAUCGCAGGUUCAGAUUCGACGCUUCAGUCAAACAGACAACCAAGCUGAGGUUAUAACUGUCCCAGUUACGGGUCCUAAUGGCACUGGGAUUAAAACUGAAGGUGAUCCAAGCUCUCUUAAUGGUAAUACUACAGCUGUCGAUGGACAUCAAGGUCCAGCCCUCCCGUGGGAACAAUCCGCUCAGAUGCAAGGUGGCUUGUACACGCCAGCCCCAGACUCCCCCCGGUCACUGAGAAGCUCAGGAUCUGGCCGAGCGAAGAGGUCACCCAAAUUUCCAAGGCCCCACCGUCGAUCAGCAGGACAAAGUAGUGGCAGUGAAACAGACACACCCAGGAGAAGAUGUCGUCAUCACCAUCAUAGAGGCCAUCAUUCAGCUGAGUCAGGAAGCGACCGUGAUUCGUCCUACAGUAGAGAGGAGAGGAGACGGCACAGGUAA